AUGACCUCAGUCAGUGAAAUAAAUGUUGAUAUCAAAGAUUUCCUAAUGAGCAUUAAUUUGGAGCAGUAUCUCUCACAUUUCCGUGACUUUGGUCUGAAUACUGUUAAGGACUGUGCAGCAAUAAAUGACAGCCUGCUACACAAAAUUGGAAUAUCACCUACAGGACACCGUAGGAGGAUACUUAAACAGUUACAGAUAAUCUUAUCAAAAAUGCAAGAUAUUCCAAUAUAUGCAAAUGUUCAUAAAGCAAAGAAGCAUGAGGAGGCGUCAAAGGAGAGCCAUGCUCUGUCUUCUGAUCAGAAUACCUGCAUAGAGCUUUCAGAUUCAGGUAGCAUUCAUACUGGGAGCCCAGUGAAGUUGGAGACUGUUACAAUUGAUCGAAGUGAUGUUAGUGUGGAAAGUAACAGAUGUCUUAAAUCAGAUGAUAAAUUGCCUUUUCCUGUGUACAACUUUGCCAUUCCAGGAAAAGAACCACACCUGAAUUUGGGUUCUUUUCAACAUUCGUUUCUUGGUGGUGAAAAUAUUCAAACAGAAUCUCUGGUUACAAAGAAGACUGUGGAUUGUGCCAUCAAAGAAGAACAAACAGAAGAAAUUGAUUUGAUCUCGGAAAAUCUGAGCAAGCUUCCUAAUGCAGAUCCUGAAUGCCUUUCUUCUCUUGGCUGUUCAAUAUCAGAAGCAAGUUCUGAGAAUGAAACUAAUGGUUUAUUAGAAAGAUCACCACCAAUCUCCUUCUUUCAAUUUCAAGGAGAAAUGGUUGUAAAUGACUUGUAUGUUCCGUCAUCACCAAACUUAGCACCUAUGAGAAGUCGUAGCAAGUUGGUUUCAAGACCGUCCCGAUCAUUCCUGCUAAGACAUCGGCCUGUUCCAGAGAUUCCAGGGUCAAUAAAAGGAAUUUCAGGGAGCUACUUCCUAGAGAGAAGAAAUGUUACUACCUCAGCUGGAAACUAUGUGACCCAGCAAAAGUCAAAUGAGGAGAAUUCAUCUUCCAUUUUCCCUUAUGGAGAGACUUUUCUCUUCCAGACACUAGAAAAUAACAAGAAGAAAUCAAUAAGGAAUGAAUUUUGGACCCAUGAGGAAACACUUAAAGGGGAAGCAACUACUGAAAAGAACUCUCUUUUGGUCAAAUCAAGCAUCUACGAUAACAGGGUGGAGAAAACCAGUGAAGAUAAAGUGGAAGAUAUUUGGAUACCUCGAGAGGACAAAAAUCAUGUUCUAAUAGACUCUGCUUCUGAAUCGGAAUACUCAACAGUAGAAGAGUGUUUUCACAGCUUAAGAAGAAAAAGUUCAAAGGCAUCUAAAUCUAGGGCUCAAAAAGUGUUGAAUUUGGACCCUCUUACUAGGCACAGUUACCCAUUUAGCUCAAUAAGUGGAAAUGCUGCUUCGUCAACCAUUUCCUCGAAUGCAAUAUCUCCUUAUGCUUGUUUUUAUGGAUCAUCUGUAAGGAAGGUUAAAUCUGGGUGGCUGGACAAACUCUCUCCUCAAGGAAAACGCAUGUUUCAGAAGAGAUGGGUAAAAUUUGAUGGCUAUUGCAUUUCUUAUUAUAAUAAUGAGAAGGAGAUGUAUUCCAAAGGAAUAAUUCCCCUUUCUGCUGUAUCUACAGUACGAGUUCAAGGAGACAACAAAUUUGAAGUUGUUACAACACAAAGAACUUUUGUUUUUAGAGUAGAAAAAGAAGAGGAAAGAAAUGAUUGGAUCAGCGUACUAUUAAGUGCACUGAAAUCGCAGUCUCUUACCUCCCAGUCUCAAGCAGUUGUUGUUCCUGAGAAAUGUGGAUAUCUUGAACUGAGAGGCUAUAAAGCCAAAAUUUUUACUGUGUUACGUGGAAACAGUGUGUGGCUUUGCAAAAAUGAACAGGAUUUUAAGAGUGGACUUGGUAUUACCAUAAUUCCUAUGAAUGUAGCAAAUGUAAAGCAAGUGGACCGAACUGUGAAACAAUCUUUUGAAAUAAUCACUCCCUACAGAAGUUUUAGCUUUACAGCCGAGUCUGAAAAAGAGAAACAAGAGUGGAUUGAAGCUGUGCAGCAAUCAAUCGCAGAAACUCUCUCUGAUUAUGAAGUAGCUGAGAAAAUUUGGUUCAAUGAGUCCAACAGAAGCUGUGCAGACUGUAAGGCUCCAGAUCCUGACUGGGCAUCCAUCAAUCUCUGUGUUGUCAUCUGUAAGAAGUGUGCAGGACAACAUAGAUCUUUAGGACCAAAAGAUUCCAAGGUUAGAAGUCUGAAAAUGGAUGCCAGUAUUUGGAGCAAUGAGCUUAUUGAGCUUUUUAUUGUCAUUGGAAACAAAAGAGCCAAUGACUUCUGGGCUGGUAAUCUUCACAAGGAUGAAGAAUUACACAUGGACUCUCCGGUAGAAAAGAGAAAAAUCUUUAUCACUCAGAAGUAUAAAGAAGGAAGAUUCAGAAAAACCCUUUUGGCAUCUCUCACUAAAGAAGAACUAAAUAAGGCUCUGUGUGCUGCUGUAGUGAAAUCAGAUGUUCUGGAAACAAUGGCUUUGUUGUUCAGUGGAGCAGAUGUUAUGUGUGCUACCGGAGAUCCUGAGCAUAGCACCCCCUAUCUGUUGGCCAAGAAGGCUGGGCAGAGUCUGCAAAUGGAAUUUCUGUACCAUAACAAAUUCUCAGAUUUCCCACAACAUGAUACUCCUUCUGAGGGUAGAAUAGUUCAAGAGUUCUCCCAGUCCACCUUUCUCUGUGACUUUUUGUAUCAAGCUCCUUCUGCUGCUACUAAACUCUCUUCAGAGAAAAAGCUGCUUGAAGAGACAAAUAAAAAGUGGUGUGUUUUGGAAGGAGGCUUUUUGAGUUACUAUGAAAAUGAUAAGUCUACCACACCUAAUGGCACCAUUAAUAUCAAUGAAGUUAUCUGCCUGGUUAUACACAAAGAGGACUUCUAUUUAAGUACCGGGCCCAUCUUUACCUUUGAGAUCUACUUACCCUCAGAACGUGUGUUUUUAUUUGGAGCUGAAACAUCUCAAGCACAAAGAAAAUGGACAGAGGCCAUAGCCAAGCAUUUUGUUCCCUUUGUUGCUGAAAACUUAACAGAAGCUGACUAUGAUUUGGUUGGUCAACUCUACUACAAAGAUUGCCAUGCCUUGGAUCAAUGGAGAAAAGGCUGGUUUGCUAUGGACAAAUCUACCUUGCGCUUUUGCCUUCAAAUGCAAGAAGCUCAGGAAGACAGAAUGCACUUAAGAAGACUGCAAGAGCUAACUAUCAGCACAAUGGUUCAAAAUGGGGAAAAAUUGGAUGUCUUGAUCUUAGUAGAAAAAGGGAGGACAUUGUACAUCCAUGGGCAUACCAAGUUGGAUUUCACAGUCUGGCAUACUGCAAUUGAGAAAGCAGCAGGUACAGAUGGUAAUGCGUUACAAGAUCAGCAGCUCAGCAAAAGUGACGUUCCCAUUAUCGUGAACAGCUGCAUAGCAUUUGUUACACAGUAUGUUGAUGAAAAACUUUUGGAAAUAGCUAAUAGGUUAGAUCAAAACACCACCCUGCAUUCUCCAGAGUCUAAAACUUUGGAGGAUACUGUUUUUAGUUUCUCCAGAUAUUUGACUUUUGGGGAUACCCAAGAUGACAAGGAAAGAAUUCAAAAGUAUGGAGCAUUUAUACGUACUCUUCCAGUGGUCAAUCGAGCAACAUUGGCAGCUAUAAUUGAACACCUUUACAGGGUACAGAAAUGCUCAGAAAUCAAUCACAUGAGUGCUCAUAAUUUGGCCAUGGUCUUUUCAUCCUGUUUGUUUCAAACUAAGGGACAAACUAGUGAAGAAGUGAACGUAAUUGAGGACCUAAUUAAUAAUUAUGUUGAAAUAUUUGAGGUUAAAGAAGAUCAAGUCAAACAAAUGGACAUAGAGAAUAGCUUUAUUACCAAGUGGAAAGACACUCAAGUUUCACAGGCUGGAGACUUGUUAAUUGAAGUGUAUGUUGAAAGGAAAGAACCUGACUGUAGUAUUAUAAUUCGUAUUUCACCUGUAAUGGAAGCAGAAGAAUUGACUAACGAUAUAUUAGCGAUAAAAAAUAUCAUUCCCAAUAAAGGUGAUAUCUGGGCCAUAUUUGAAGUCAUAGAAAAUGAAGAGCUUGAGCGCCCUCUUCACUACACAGAAAAUGUGUUGGAGCAGGUGCUUCAGUGGAGUUCAUUAGCUGAACCUGGCUCAGCUUAUCUUGUGGUGAAGAAAUUCUUAACCGUUGACACAAUCAAACACUAUAGGGAGAGGAGUACCCUGGAAAGUAUCAAAGAGGGAGUUUUGAAAAUCAAAGAAGAACCAUCUAAAAUACUAUCUGGAAACAAGUUUCAAGACCGAUACUUCGUUUUACGAGAUGGGUAUCUAUUUAUGUACAAGGAUUUGAAGAGCAGUAAACAUGACAAAAUGUUUUCUCUCAGUUCAAUGAAGUUUUAUCUUGGAGUGAAAAAGAAAAUGAAGCCUCCAACAAGUUGGGGAUUGACAGCAUAUUCUGAAAAACAUCACUGGCAUCUGUGUUGUGAUAGCUUACAAACCCAGACAGAGUGGAUGGCCAGUCUUUUUAUUGCCCAGCAUGAAAAUGAUAUAUGUCCACCAGCUGGAAAGGAACGAAAACGCUCCAUAACCAAAAACCCUAAGAUCGGAGGUUUGCCUCUAAUUCCCAUCCAACAGGAGGGAAAUGCAACACUAGCCCGGCGAAAUAUUGAGAGUGCCAGAGCAGAACUGGAAAGGCUGAGGCUCAGUGCAAAGCAUGAUAAAGAGUCUGUGGACUCCGGCUUAAAGGAGAGAGCUUCCAUUGUGGCCCACUGCCUGGAGCACAAGGAAGAUAAACUUCGAACCCGAACCAGGAAACAUCGUAGCUUCAACUGCCUGGAGGACACCGGGGCUGAGUUCCCUCAUGGGCAACAAAAAUUCCAUAAAGGCUUAAAGACGUUACGAAAGACCGAGGACAGAAACAGUAAAGUGACUUUAGACUCCGAUAACAAAUUACCAUCAAAAGUCAUUGAAGAACUUAAUGUAGUUCUACAACGGACACGAACGCUUCCAAAAGAGUUUCAAGAUGAGCAGAUUUUACAAAAAGAAGUCAAAUAA